AUGUUGUUCUCUACUUAUCUACCACUUGUUAUUCUUUGCGUCAUCACCAUCUUUAUAAUACCUUCUUUCUCACUCAAUCCUUCCACCAUCUCCUUCAUCGAAUCUUUCUCCCCACUCUUUGGAUACAAAAACGUCAAACCAUCCGACGAUGGUAAAUCCGUCCAAAUCUCCAUGAAUCAGUGGUCGACUUCAGGGUCGGGUUUUGUUUCACGAUAUGCAUACAAUCAUGGCAUGUUCACUGCCUCCAUCAAGCUACCAGACAACAACUAUAGUGCCGGUGUCGUUGUUACUUUCUAUGCUCAAAACAGUGAUUACUACCGAGAUGAGAUUGACUUUGAGUUUCUUGGUCAUAUCGCAGGAGAAGAAUGGGUUCUUCAGACCAAUCUUUAUGGCAACGGAAGCAUCCAUAGAGGCAGAGAAGAAAGAUACACGUUGCCCUUUGAUCCUUCUACAGAUUUUCACGAUUAUGGUAUUCUAUGGAAUACAGAUUGGGUUGUUUUUUUUGUGGAUGAUUUAGCGAUCAGGGAGGUGCCGAAUGUUGAAGGAAUGGGUGGUGAUUUUCCAUCUAAGCCGAUGUAUAUGUAUGGCACAAUUUGGGAUGGGUCGGACUGGGCUACCCACAAAGGUGAGUAUAGAGUUGAUUUCCAGCAAGGCCCGUUUGUUACGGGUUACACCAAGUUCAACAUAGAUGGGUGUCAGAUUGACGCUUCCCAGUCUUUGCAAACUGAGUGCAGACGCUAUGAUAUGACUCCUGAUGGUAUUUCCGAGAACGAAAGAAGAAGAAUGCAUGAGUAUAGGGCGCAGUAUAUGACAUACUCGUAUUGCUAUGAUACGGAUAGAUACCCGACUUCUUUGCCCGAGUGUGAGGUUAUUGGUCAAGACAUGCAGCCCAUUGCACCACCGAUUAUGGUAUCCGGAGCAAGCCGCAGGUUCCGAUAG